GAUCAGCCAGCUUUACUGGCCAAGUGGUCAGCUAUGCUUCGGAGGAAGCGCCCAUUCCACCCCUCCAUCCAGGAUCAGCCAGCUUUACUGGCCAAGUGGUCAGCUAUGCUUCGGAGGAAGCGCCCAUUCCACCCCUCCAUCCAGGUCUUAGCACCCAGCCAAUUCCUCAUCACAGUUCCUCUGCGUGGCCUGACUGGGUACAGGGAAUGCCAGGUACGGCACUGGCGUUAUUACACCGUGAAUGGAGCCAAGCUCCUCUCCUCCGUGCGGGACCCUGAGGAAUUGCAUCAAUGGCUGGAGGUGGAGCAGUUCUCAAAAAGCCUUCAGCAGUGGCAUGAAAAGGAUGUGAACAUCGAAGGUGAUCUGGUUCCAGCCAAAGUCCUUAUCGUCUUCCGGGAGCUGGUGGAGAAGUCGAUUAUCUCCUGUAACCUCUCCAGUAAAGUGACAGUGCUGGAGAGCUUCAGCUCAGUGGUCCGUGUGGCUGUGGAGACAUCAGAAUCCCAGGUUGAGGUGGAGCUGGUCCCUGCUGUAGAGAUUCCAACUUGCUGGCCCGAGAAAGCACGGUGGCCUCGUUGCCUUAGGCGUUGGCCUUCUCAGGAAAAAGUGCAGUGCAUCAAGUCACUGGGUUUUGACCUUUUGGCCCGCUCCAAUUAUCACUGGCAGCUGUGCUUCUCCCGUGCUGAGCACAUACUCAUGGAAGGACUUGAUGAAGAUGGUGGUUGUCGCAUGAAGUGCUUCAGGGUCAUGAGGCAGAUGAAGGAAGAUGUCUGGUGUUCUGGAAACAAGCCUGUCAUCACAGCUUAUCACCUUCAGACAGUGCUAUUCUGGACGUGUGAAAAAUAUCCGCGCACCAAGGAUUGGCGCUGCUUCCCUGAAGCCUUCCUGAGGCUGGUACAGAAGCUGCACAAGUGUGUAAGCCAGCACUUCCUCAAGCAUUACUUUCUCAAGAACACCAAUCUGCUUAAAUAUGCCAACACCAGUGACCUGGACCUGGUGGCCAGCAAGCUUGCAGUCUUCUUGGAGAACCCUGUCUUCUGCCUGGACUAAGGCAGGAAAAGGUCUCCUCAACCCAACACUGAGUUGAUACCCCACCUCCUCUCCCCACCUGUGGCUGUUCUUCAUGUCCUUCCAGU